GCUGGCUGCGCGGGCGGGAGGCUGCGAGCUGGGUGAUGGGCCUGGCGCUGCUCUAGCCGGCUUUGGCACUGGAGCCGUCCUGAGACCUGCCACUGACAGUCGGUGUCCGCCCAGGCUCGCUGAAGGAUGUUGGUGUGUUAGGCUCCGAACUCUUCCUUCGCUUGCUUUGCUUCACCCGAUCGCUGUAAUACCUCUGAAUGAUAAAAUCCUUGUGUUACACUCCUAUCGCUGUACUCUCAGUUCUUUUCUGUUCCUCCGUCUCAGACUACACUGUGGUCCUCGCUGAAUGCCAGCUCGCGGUGUUUCUUUCUCUCCCCGUAGACAUCUGACAUUGAUAGUACACUAAGGAUUCCAGGGUUGAUGCAGUACAACGUCUAGCUUUUUUUGCAUUCUUAAUUGUAUGUCGAAUCCUCCAACAGAGCACUCCGAAUUAGCACAAAUUCCUCCUUCUACAGUGCUCUCAUUAACAAAAGACUUUGUCACUGUCCUUUACAGUAGCUGAUGAUUCUUAGAACUUUUAGAUAGCUUAUCCUAGAAUCCCAUGGAGGCUCAAAUAACCAAGGUCACUCUGGUUUGGAACCCGCCCCCAAGGAGCUUGUGUCUCUGCACUAGUGACCCGAGGAUCUGUCCGCUUUCCUUUGAUUCUACAGGAACUAAACAAAUUGUAAAGGUAAAGGGCCCAGGCAUUGGGCUUCUGGGCAUUUCUCUCGGAGCUGAUAUUUGCCUCUCCAUGGCCUCAUUCCUGAAGAAUGUUUCAGCCACAGUUUCCAUCAAUGGAUCUGGGACCAGUGGAAACAGAACCAUACACUACAAACAGACUAGCAUCCCACCACUGGGCCAUGACCUGAGGAGAAGCCAGGUCACUUUCUCAGGCCUUCUGGACAUUGUGGACAUACGGAAUGAUCUUGUGGGAGGGCAUGAGAAUCCCAGUAUGAUUCCAAUAGAGAGGGCUGAGGGGCCCAUACUCUUCAUCGUUGGUCAGGAUGACCAUAACUGGAGGAGUGACUUGUAUGCCCAGACAGCCUCUGAACGACUGCAGGCCCAUGGGAAGGAGAAGCCCCAGAUCAUCUCUUACCCUGGGACUGGGCAUUACAUUGAGCCGCCUUACUUUCCUAUGUGCCCAGCUUCUCUGCACAAAUUGGUGAACAAAACUGUAAUCUGGGGUGGGGAGUUCAGAGCUCACGCUAAGGCCCAGGUAGAUGCAUGGCAGCAAAUCCUGUCUUUUUUCUCCAGACACUUGGGAGGUACCCAGAACAGAGUUUCCCCAAAAUUAUAAUACAUUUUCUCUUGUUCAAGUGGUAGAUUCAAGGUUAGGUUCUAGUGUUUAGUAGCUGUGUGGAAAUCAGUGGUCUCCUAAAUAACAUUAAAUUCCAAGUCUUUGGCAUUAAUGCUGUA